AGCCAUGGCAAAAGCUAAGGAAGAAUUUGGGGAAGAUUCUAGCCUAGAAGAUGAACUGAGCUGUCCCAUCUGCCUCAACUUGUAUAGAAAUCCAGUGUCCCUGAGCUGUGGUCACAACUUCUGCAAGGAGUGCAUCCAGAGGACCCUCAGCACCCAGCAGCUGUCCAAGGCCCCUUACUCCUGCCCAAUGUGUAAGGUGCAGCUGGGGCCUAUCCUGGAGCUACAGAGGAAUUUUCAGCUUUGCAGCAUUGUGGAGACCUUUCUGGCCACCACUUUCAAAAAAAAAGAGGGUAAGAGGUCUCCAGAAGAGGAGGAAGAGGUGGUUCCCUGUGAUUUUUGCCUGGAUCAACCCCAGACAGCUGUGAAAACCUGCCUCACCUGUGACUCGUCUUUGUGCCAGGCCCACCUGAACAAACAUGAGGCCAAGGCUUCGCAGAAGCACCAUGUCCUGGUAGAGGCUGGUGCAGGGCGCUCUGCUGAGGAGCGGAUGUGCCAGGAGCACAGCAGAGUGCUUGAGUGCUUCUGUGAGGACGAUGGUGCCUUCAUCUGCCUGCUGUGCUCCAUUGAGAGCUCCCACAGAGGCCACCAUGUCAUCACCUUCAAGGAGGUCCACAGCGAAUUGCUGGGUGUUCUUUCUCACACUGUGAAACGGAUGCAGGAAAAUAAAAGUGCUCUAACUAAUGCCUUAGAGAAACUACAGGAAAGUGAGGAUCAGCUCAAGACCAAUACAAAAACAGUGACAUCUCAGCUGGUUAAGCUGUUUGAAGAAAUCAGGGCACAGAUAAAUAUGAACGAAGAGCAUAUGCUGAGUAACAUCCAAUCCAAUGAGAAAAACCAAUUGUCAGACAUUGCUGAAGUGAAGAAGAAAAUGGAACAGAAGAGAGAUGAGGCUGCACAGCAUCUUCGGUCUUUACAGAAGUUGAGAGAGCAACCAGAUACUUUACUCUUCCUCAAGGAAUUUAAGCUGAUACAAGAUAGGAUUAAGAAUCAGAAUUUCAAGCCUGACCAGAUGAAUGUAUUAAUAGUAGAAAUGGAUGUAAACAAAAGCCAGAGAUGGAGAAACCUGACGAGGAUGUACAUGAGCCAGCUGGACCUUCUGAUGCAGGAGCUGUACAGUGAACUCAAGAACCAGUUACGGCAGAACAGGUACAUCCUUUUCCUAUGA